GCCGGGGGCGGGCAGGGGGAAGGGAGGGAGGCGGAGCGGCCAUGGCGGCCAAAAUGGCUCGGCCCAGGGCCGCCAGGGCGCUGCGAGCGCUGCUGCUGCUGCCGCCGUCUCCCCGCUCCGUGCCGCUCACGCCCCGGGGACCGGCCGCUUCCUACGGUACUUCGAUAACAUCUGCCAAAAUCCAAGUGAAUGGAGUCAACUUGCAUUAUCAGCAAACGGGAGAAGGAAGCCAUGCAGUUCUCCUGCUUCCUGGAAUGCUAGGGAGUGGUCAAACAGAUUUUGGACCACAGCUUAAGUCUAUGAAUAAGAAACUUUUCACAAUUGUUGCUUGGGAUCCUCGGGGAUAUGGACAGUCCAUCCCUCCAUCUCGAGACUUUCCUCCAGAUUUCUUUGAGAGGGAUGCAAAAGAUGCAGUAGAUCUUAUGCAGGCAUUGAAAUUUAAGAAGUUCUCUUUGCUGGGAUGGAGUGAUGGCGGUAUUACAGCACUCAUUGCAGCUGCAAAGUAUCCAACUCUUAUCCACAAGUUGGUUGUCUGGGGAGCAAAUGCUAGCGUUACUCAAGAGGACGUGAGAAUUUAUAAUGGUAUCCGAGAUGUUUCAAAAUGGAGUGAGAAGGUUAAGAAACCACUGGAAGAGAUGUAUGGACAUGAAUACUUUGCAAAAACCUGUGAGGCUUGGGUAGAUGGAAUAUCCAGCUUUGCUGAAAAAUCAGAUGGUAAUAUCUGCCAACAGUUGCUGCCUCUCAUUAAAUGUCCCACAUUUAUAAUUCAUGGUGAGAAAGACCCAUUGGUUCCACGCUAUCAUGCAGAAUACAUUCAGAAGCACAUCAAAGGCUCCCGACUGCUCUUGAUGCCAGAAGGAAAGCAUAAUCUACACCUGCGUUUUGCAGAGGACUUCAACAGACAAGUGGAAGAUUUCUUAUUGUAACCUGAACUGUAAAGUAAGUUAGAUGUAUGUGUCUUUGCACUGUUUAGUUGACUUUCUGUAUUCAAGUUAAAUGGGUUUGAUUCCUGUAAGAAAAAGCAGGGAAAAUCUGCAUGAGAAGCAUGCAUCUUGAGAAUAUGUCAGCCUCCAUGGAUCAGAGCACACCUUUGUGCUGCUAGAUUUCUAACCUGCCAUUAAACUUAAUUCUUCUCAAACACACUGGCUGAACAUCUGUUCUUUGUCCAAUUGAGGUGUUAAGAAAGACAGAAAACAGCGUCUAGAAUACAUGCCUUUAUGUGCUUUUAACAUUAAAAGACAAAAAACAUUGUAAUAAAUUGGAUUCAGAACUGUUA